AUGUUUUGGAAAAAUUUCACGAACAAUCCAAAGAGUCAUUCAACUGAUCUACUGACGGUUUCAAACGAUAAGAAAAUUGACGAGGAUGGCAACAAAUUGAAAGUUCCACGACCUUCGUUGAACGCUAAAGGCCAUUCUUUCUCGACAAACAGCAAAAGAUUGAGCUCCUUUUUAGGUUAUGGCAGCAGCAGCUCAAAUGUGCACACAGAGAGUAAUUCAGUCUCCUCAAUGAACGAACAAGAUUAUAAAGAAUAUAGAGAUAAAUUUUUGUUGAAUAGACACGGGUUCGAUGGAACAGUUUUUGGUGUCCCAUUGAAGAAGUCUUUGGAUAUAGCAAACACGGAGAUAAUGAUCCAGAACUCAAAUAAUGGAGACCCUACAAUGGAUAGCACUAUCAGUAGAUUCGGAAGAAUCCCUAUAGUUGUUGCAAAAACUGGUUCUUAUUUGAAAAAUAAUGCAUUGGAUACAUGCGGUAUCUUUCGUAUAACUGGUAAUAAUAAAAAAGUUAAACAACUACAAUAUAUUUUUUCAAUCGAAGAAACAAAUUAUGGUAUGAAAUUCAGCGACUGGGAUAAUUAUAGUGUACAUGAUUUCACUGCCCUAUUGAGAAGAUUUUUAAAUAAUUUAAAUGAACCACUGAUACCAUUGGAAUUUUACAAUGAUUUUAGAAAACCUUUGAGAUCCAGACCAAGAAUUUUAAAGCAUUUGUCAAAGGAAAUCGUCCAACAUCCAAAUUCACUUAACGAUAAUAAGCUAGAAAUACAAGCAUCAAAUAACGAAAGCAUUAAAGAGAAUAAAGGCACAACAGAUGAUAUAACAAAACCAGAUGAACUAAGCCAAAAAGAAGCUGCCAAGAAAAAGAAAGAUCGCAGACUUCAUAAGAAAAGACUAGCAAAGGAUAUAAGAGAUGCUAUCAAGGAAUAUCAAAAACUAUUUUUAUCUUUGAACCCAGAUUCAAAACAUUUAACUUUAUAUCUUUUAGAUAUGUUAAGUUUAUUUGACAGAAACUCUGAUAAAAAUCUAAUGACUACACAAAAUUUAUCAGCUAUCUUCCAGCCAUCCAUAUUAUCGCACCCAGAACAUGAUAUGGAUCCAAAGCAAUAUGAAUUAUCAAGGUUAAUCUUGGAAUUUUUAAUUGAAUAUUCCUAUAAGUUAGUACCAUUUAUGCUUCAACAAGGCCCUGAGGAUACUACCAAUAGCGAAUGGAAGAACACUAGUGGUUUAACUAAGUUUCUUGAUUCCAACCUUAACAUGCCAGCUCAAGCCUUGUCUGAUAAAUCUAACGAGAAAAAGAAUAAUGCAGAUAAUAACUUCAAGCCACCUUUAUCUGUACUUGUCACAGAGGCCAAUGAUAAGUCCGACGAAAUAUCUGUGUGUAGUAAUAAUAAAAAAGAAGGCAGUGCAAUGAGCUCACCAAUUGCAAGUCAAAUAACUACCCAAAAAACAACAAUUCAGUUUUCUCCUACAAAAGGAAAAAAAGAAUCUUCACCACUAAGUGCUUCAUUCAAAGCUUCUGAUGAAGUGACGUUGAAAUUGCCAUUUAACAAAGAACCAGUCUCAUCUGGAAUACAGAAGAAACAAUUAGAAACACAUAAAAAGACUAGACCACAUGCAAGAUCGAUAGGGUCAACUUCAGUUCCACAUGAUAUAAUACCUAGUAAACAGAAUAAUAAAAAUCCUCGAUUUUUUUCAUGGCUCCAAAAAUCAUCUUUACUCAGCGACUCAGGUGAAUUUUCAGUAACAGAGGAAGAAGGUGAAGAAGAUGAUGAAUUUGAUGGUAAUACAUCAUAUGAAGAUGCUAACUCGAGCAUAAUAAGUAAUAUGCUACCAAGCCCAUUAGAAUCAAGUCAUAACGCAAGAAAAGAAACCUCAAGAAAAACAUCAUCAGGUUCGUUUCAAUUAAGACCAAAAUCAAUGUUUAUAAAUAAUAAGUCAUCCGAUGAAUUAUCACGUAACCUACAGGCGGUGCCACUUUCUACCAGAUCUUCUUCAUAUACCGGCGUUUUGAAAAUGCCUCUAACUACAGCAUCGAAUAUGAAGAGUAUUUCACCUUCCACAGAAAUUCCUACAAUAAAAGUAAAUGAAGCACCAAAUAUAAACAAGAUAGUGAAAAAGGAGAAAGAUGAACUUAGGGAAACCGACAAUCAUCUAAGAGAAAUCAAGGAAAACUUUUCGGAAACCAGGGAAGCCAGAACAAAGAAACGUCAAUCUUGGUUUCAGCGAUUAAGAAGUUCAUCUAAAUCUACUACCAGAUCAUAA